UUGUUAGCCGACGAAUACGAUCGCACUUUUAGUCCUUAAGAUUGAAAUCUCGUGAAAUUCAAGUUGGGUAUCAGUCGGUUUUUUAUUUCGGUGUUUCCCCACAUCACACAUCUUCCGUUAUAUGAUAACAGUGAACGGAACGAUUUUAACCAGUUCUAGAGCGACUGUUCAGCGGUAAACACCUGUGUGUCUGUGCGAUGUGAUCAAGUGAUUACGGGUGCAAACGAAGCAUUAUCGCUGAUUUAAUGAUCAACGAAUUCGCAUGAUUGAACGAUCUCCGGAAUAUAAAUGACAUUUCGAGACUAAGUUACGAAGUUGAAAUCGAAUUAAAAGACAUUACCGAUAUCAUUCGCUUAUCAGAAACGAAUUUUAAAGUUUACGUAAACGAGAAGGAGACAACAAUGAAAAAAUUCAACAAUUUCGGCGUUUUUAGCACGAUAUUCAUCUUGAUUUUGUCAAGCGAGCAAAUUUUCGGCACAAUUUAUUACGAAAUCAAUGACAAUUAUCCAAUUGCCGUUGAAUCCGUUCAUGCUUCGAAUUAUCGAACAGGGGGCAAAAGAAGCGCACAAAAUUACGAUGAUGCCGAACAUACAGGAUUGAAACUAGUGCAACCGCCGAAAGAUGAACAUGACACUGAGAUUCCUCAAGUCACAUCGGCUCUUAAAAAGCCAAGACAUGCGAGAACGAAUCGCUUUUGUGUGAGAUGUCCCAAGCCAAUACAGGCUGUGUCGCGUGAAGGCCUGGAUGGUGUUCUGGUACAACCACCACCGCCGCGUUCAUGCAAAACCCAUUUGCCAUUUUCCGAGCAUUUAUUUAAAAUAGAAACACUUUUCGGACCAGAUAUUCCAUUCGUACUACCAAAAGGUCGACAUAGUCUUCAUGCAAAAAUUCGUAACGUUGAAACGGGUCUGGUCAUUCGGAGUUGUGUUUUGAAAUAUGAUGUAAUUGUACCGCAUUGUAAUGGUUACCCGAAUUUGAAAAACAAGAAUUUAACAAUGUCUUGUACGGCUGCCACUGUUUGGGGCUCGAAAUGUGCAUUCGGAUGCAAGAAUGAAGGCGAAUUUCUUACACAUCGCGAACCAAUGGUCUGUAGCGAGAGCUUGGAAUGGAUCGGAGAAGAACCGAAUUGCACUCAGGAGUUGAAUAACGAGGUCUACCUUGGCGACGAGCCGGCGAAUGAUACCAAAAGUGGGGAGUACUGUACACAGCCAGAGCCACCGACAAACGGUCGUUUUAUUUGUGUUGCAGCAAAUCAAGAUUUUCAAGCUCUUUUGACUAACGUGGAUGUAAAUCUCAUCGAAACGCAAAGAACUUUGGCACCUGGCAGCACAUGUCAUGUGCAAUGCAAUCGCAGCUUCGCAAUUCCAUACCAUUUGAAUCCUUUUUCGAAAGUGGAAUGCACCAACGGCACAUGGAACACAACAAAUAUCGAUUUUUGCUACAAAAGACAGCCACAACGUCGGCAUUUAAAGUAUCAUCGCAAAGAGACACACACAUAAAUUUUUCCAUUGCAUAUUGAAGCCAAAGUGCACAAGAAAGAAGGGAACUAUCAUAGAAAGAAAAUUCUUUCAUAUCAAACAAAGAGACAUCAAACGCCAGAUUUUGUAUUAAAAUUCAUGAAUUUAUCCAAUUUUAGACAGUAAGCGCAAUCGAUCGAUUCAAAUCACACCCAUUGAAUUUUUUUAAAAAUAUAACGAAUAAAGAUUUAUUUGAUUCG